UUCCUUUUUGUCAAUUGGUUCUCCCGUAGCUCGACCGCCAUAUCGUCGUCCUUACGGAAACAACAGCUGCGACCGCACCCAGAACCAGAUAUGGUGGUGGCUUCUAAUUCGGACAAGACCAAUUCAACUAAACAGGAUGGCAAGCUUCAAGGGAGGAUUUCAAUAUUAGGGAGCCAAGCGGCGACGACGGACCCUUGCAUUUCCUGCACUACUUUCAACAUCCUUGCUCCUAUCUAUAAGAGACUUGAUACUGAGAAUCAGAGCCUUCGUGAAAGCCAGUACAGGGUUUACUGGCUUACGAGGAACCAGAGCAUAUUAGAUUGGUUGUUGUGCGAGAGAUCCUCCAUAAUUUGUCUUCAGGAAUUUUGGGUUGGAAAUGAAGAGCUUGUCCAUAUGUAUGAGAAUAGGAUCAGUGAUGCUGGUUAUAUCAAUUUCAAGCUUGCACGGACUAACAAUCGAGGAGAUGGUCUGUUCACUGCUGUGAAUAUGGACUACUUCAGGGUUGUAAACUAUCGAGAGUUGCUCUUUAAUGACUUUGGAGACCGUGUUGCUCAACUUUUGCAUGUUGAAUCAGUAGUUCCCUUUUCACAAAGCUGGAGCAGCUAUAUUCAGCCAGAAAUUCUAAUUGUCAACACCCAUUUGUUGUUUCCGCACAAUUCUAGUUUGUCUAUUGUACGGUUACAUCAGGUCUACAAAAUUUUGCAGUAUGUGGAAACUUAUCAGAAGGAAAACAAGCUUAAACCUAUGCCCAUCAUACUCUGCGGUGACUGGAAUGGGAGCAAGCGUGGGCAUGUCUACAAGUUCCUUAGGUCACAGGGGUUUGUAUCAUCUUAUGAUACUGCUCAUCAGUAUACCGACAGUGAGGCUGAUGCACACAAGUGGGUUAGCCACCGCAAUCAUCGGGGCAACAUUUGUGGUGUAGAUUUUAUAUGGCUUCUUAACCCUGAUAAAAACCAGAAACCGCUAAGGAGAAGUUGGAGUGAAGCAGUUUUUGGUAUUAUCAAGUCUCAGCUUCGCAAAUCUUCUCUUGCAGAAAGUGAUGCAUUUGCAUUUCUGAAGGCUGAUAGCCAUGGUGAUUAUAUUACCUAUAUAGGUUUCUGUGAAGCACUUGGUCAGCUAGGUUUAACUGGGCAUCCUCAUGGACUGAGCAUUCAAGAGGUGAACGAUUUGUGGACCCAUGCUGACACAGAUGAAAAUGGUGCUGUAGACUAUAAAGAAUUUCAGCAACGAAUAUGGGAUUCUACAAAAACAGCGGAAGAUCUCAAUGACAGAAGAGAGGAUGUAACGAGGGACACAGAAAAGCAAGCCAUCGGUUUAAAUGUGAAGAAUGCAGUACUCUUCCCUCCUGAAGUGGAGAAAGGAAUGUGGCCUGAGAACUAUUCUCUGUCUGAUCAUGCACGACUAACUGUUGUUUUCUCACCUGCAAGGAUGCCAUGUUCCCUAUCAAUCUGUUAACCCUUGGUAAAUCCUUGUAUAACUGUAAAAACAUGGGGGGGGGGGUGGAAAGAAGAAGGGAGAAAAAAGAAAAGGAAAAAAAAUGAUCGGAGGUAUUGUGUGUACAUUCUAAAUAUGAUUUCUAGUAAUGAAAGCCCAUUUAGCAACUGCAU